AUGUCCUCGGACCACACGCCAAAGGAAGAGACGAGCCCCCCGAAACCCCCGAGCUUCCCUGAAGGAGGCGUAAAGGCGUGGCUAGCAGUUGUGGCAUGCUGGUGUGUGAUGUUCAACACCUUCGGCUACAUCAAUGCAUUCGGAAUCUACGAAGCCUACUACCAAAGCACAUUCCUCCAGAACGAAAGCGCCUCCAAUAUCGCCUGGAUCGGCUCCCUGCAAGCCUUCUUCAUGUUCUCCGCCGGCCUCAUCUCGGGUCCGUUGAUGGAUCGCUACGGCCCCAGAAGAAUCCUGCUCCCCUGCUCCCUCCUCUUCAUCCUCUCCGUCAUGCUCACCAGCCUCUGCACGCGAUACUACCAAUUCCUCCUCGCCCAAGGCAUCCUGGGCGGCCUCAUGAACGGGCUAACCUACACGCCGACGCUGACAGCAGUAAACCAAUACUUCCUGCGCCGCCGCCCGCUAGCGAUGGGGAUCGCCUCGUCGGGCUCCUCCUUCGCGGGCGUCGUGCUCCCCAUCGCGCUCAACCGCAUGCUCCACGCCACCCCACUGGGAUUCGGCUGGACGGUGCGCAUCCUCGGCUUCCUCAUGCUGGCGCUCAGCCUCAUAGCCGGCGCAUGCGUCUCCUCGCCCGCCGCGCCGCGCCGCACCGGCGCGCCCUUCGUCCAAGAAGCCUGGCACCACCCGGCCUACACGCUACAGAUCCUGGGCCUCUUUCUAGUCAUGUGGGCGCUGUUCACCCCCUUCUUCUACGUCCCGGACUACGCCCAGACAGUCCUAGGCCUGGACGUCGACCUGUCCAACGACCUGGUCGCCAUCAUGAACGCCGGCUCGUUCGCCGGCCGGCUCCUGACCGGGGCGCUCGCCAACCGCAUCGGCCGGUUCAACGGCCUGGUCCUGGCGGCGGCCAUCUCCGGGGUGCUGAUCCUCUGCUGGCGGGCCGUGGACUCGAAGGGCAGCAUGAUCGUCUUUGCCCUGCUGUUCGGGUUCUUCUCCGGCGCGGUGAUUGGCCUGUUCACGGCCACGGUGGCCAUGACCGCCCCCCGGCCCAACGUCAUGGGCUCGUAUAUGGGCAUGGCGUUGGGGGUGCUGAGUCUGGCGUGUUUGACCGGCACGCCGAUCACGGGCGCCAUGAUCAAUCGGUCUGGCGGCUACGAGGCGGCGAUUGUCUUUGCGGGCGUGAGUGCGUUGGUUGGGGCUGGGGUGAUCGCGGUGGCGAGGGUCUGCUUUGCGGGGUGCGUGUGGGUUGCGUAG